GUUACUUGCUUUUUAUCACUCCCAACUAUCGAAAUACCUAGUAAGCCAUGGCAGAAAAAGAAGGCAACUCCGUCUACCGCCAAGCUGUCGAGUCAGACAGGCGUUCCGGCUCAAUUGAUGCUGACGCCGCUACUCCCUUACCUCCCGAGAGCAAUUCCAAUUAUCGCCAAGCCAUCGAUGCGCACAGACGUGCUGGCUCGAUUGAUGCCGAUACCCCGAAAUCUUCUCAGAGUCGAGGACCCUCUCGCCAAUAGCCGGAAAUAGUGGAAGGGAAGCUUGCUGUCAAUGCCGCUGUCUUGGGGUCUGUCGGGAUGGUGUCGGCAUUCGAAAAUAUGACCUCUGAACUUGGACAUCGUCAAGUAUGCUGCAAUCGACCAUAAGAUAGCAACUUGUUAGCAGUCUAGCUUCGAAUUCCAUUGCGAAAU